GUGGUGGAGGGGAGCGAGGUCGAGGUCCGGAUUUCAGCCGCCGACCUCGAGGGCGCGCCCUUCGAGGCGCUCGUCCUCGCCGCCGGCCGGGGGGACGGCCUCUACCGCGUGCGCUACUCGUGCCUGCACGCCUCCGCGCACGCGGACGAGACGCUCAAGGAGUGGGUCCAGCCGGCGACCGAGGACGAGCUGCGCCCGCCGCCGCCGCCGCCGCCCGACGGCUUCCACGCGCGCCUCUCUCCGGGCGACAAGCUCGAGCUCCUCUUCGAAGGUGGCUGGUGGCCGGUCGUGCUCACCUCGCGUCCGCCUCCCCCGCCGGCUGCCGCCGCGUCGAGCGCGCCGCCGCCGCCGCCGCCCCCCAAGCGAGGCUUGGGCGUCGAGUCCGCGAUCGACCCGGCGCGCUUCGCGGGGCUGACGACGAGCGCGCCGCCGGUGCGGCUCCGGCCGGCGUGGGUCUGGGAGGGGCGCGCCGGCGGCGGGAGCGGCGGCUGGACCUUCGAGACGCAGGCCGACGGCUGCGUCAAGCUCGACAAGGCUGGCCGGCCGCACCAGCCCGUCUACCAGCCGAUCAAGCACGCCACUGGCGCUUUGCCCGCCGCCGACGCCAGCCGCGACAGCGAGCCGGCCGAGGCUGCGCCCGCCGCACACGCGGCGAAGGCGGAGCCGCUCGCCGCCGAGAACGGCGAGCACGCUUCUCCCUCCGCUGUGAUGGCGAAGGUGGAGGUUGAGUGUGAGCCGGAGAGCAGCGACGAGGCAGGGGCGGAGGAGGAGGGGGCCGGCGGCGCCGAGGGCGGCGAUAGCAUGGACAGCCAAUGAGGCGGGUGUGGGAGAGAGAGCUCCCAGAGCGGGGGCAGGGCCAAGAUAGAAACGCGCAACAGUUUUUCUGAGCAGCUCACUUCUGUCGUGGUCUCACGUGCCCCACCCCGCCCUGCAGACGAGCACCAAGCACGCCACGCAUGGACAGAUGUUGAUCUCUUUCAAUCAACGCGGAUCAGCCCCUUGGAGUGUGAAAGGCUUCGUAGCCCUCCGGUCUACUAUG